AUGGCAACCAAAGAGAUUCCAAUUAUUCCGGAUCCUACUGAUAAAGAGGCUCUGACUCUGUUCAAGACCGUGGAAGAGCAAUUCCCAUCGAAGACACUCGGGGAUGACAAGUGGUACUUAUUACUGCUUGCAGCCAUGGUAGGCGGUGGCCAAUACAACUUUGUACCCCUCCUCUACAAACAGCUGAUCCAGCGGCCCGAGUACCAAGACUCAGAGCAACGAAAAGCGCUGAUGCGGAGGAUACGAGAAACAUUAGUCAAGCUCGUUCCGAUCGUAGGAGUCUGCAAGCCUCUCGACGCCAUAUUCUUCCUCGACGACGUUACCGCGCCCGAAGAUAAAGAUUACAGCUUCUCUAGAGAAGGAUGGCAAUGCGACGAAGCAAACUUCGAACGCGGCAACGCAUGGCUAAGCAAACUAUACAAGCACAACAUAACCGGCAUCAACGACGUCCUCGCAUCUCAUAAAGAUUUUGAAUGGAUAAGCAAGGAAAUAACCUACGGCCUCUUCCUUUCAGACCACAGCAUCCUCAGCGGCAUAGAAUCAGAGCUCGUGGUACUAUCCGGUAUCAUGAUUCAGAACUUACCUAGGGAGACUGCGUGGCAUAUGCGGGCGAGUAGGCGCCUGGGGAACAGUAUGGAGGAUGUGGAGACAAUGCAGCAGAAUGUUGAGCUUGUUGCGAGGUUUUGUGGACUACGGCUGCAUAAGUUGCCGAGGGUGGCGGAUAUUGAAGGCGAGGUAUAG